GGGUCGUGGGAAAAAGACGUCCAGUAUACCCGGCUGGACUAUGAGCUCCACCCGAAAGACCCCGCCGACCAAAGUUUUGGAGGACACUGCUAACUAAAAUAAAGGGUUCGAUAACUCUUCAAAACACCAAUAUGAGAUCUGCCAUUCCACCGGAAGAAAUGUUGGCUUUAAGUUUAAGAUAUCUGGCAAGUGGAUGUAGUUUGAGGGAAAUACACUAUGGUUAUAGAGUUGGUCGAUCAACUGCAGGUGGUAUCAUACAAUUUGUUUGUCAACAAUUAUGGCUAAUACUGAAAAAUGAAUGCAUUCCCAAACCGAAUGCAGAAAAAUGGAAGCAAAUUGCAGCUGGUUUCAAUCGCAAAGCUAACUUCCCCCACUGCUUGGGGGCAGUUGAUGGCAAGCACAUACGACUGGUGAAACCUCAAGGAAGUGCUACUUUAUAUUUUAAUUACAAACAGUACUUUUCCAUUAACUUGAUGGCAGUAGCUGAUUCUAAUUACAGAUUCAUAUAUGUUGACGUUGGUUCCUAUGGUAAAGAUGCAGACUCCACAAUUUUUGAAAAAUGCUCAUUAUGGCAAGGCAUAGAAACUGAUACCCUUGAUAUACCGCCUUCAGAACAGAUUCCUGGAAUUGAUAUAGCUAUGCCGUAUGUAUUCAUAGGAGAUGAUGCAUUCGCGUUAUCAAAAUAUCUUUUAAAACCAUAUGCAGGAAAAUAUUUGUCUGUAAAUAAAAGAAUAUUCAAUUACCGACUCUCUAGAGCCAGACGUUUUGUCGAAUGUACGUUCGGAAUAUUGAGCAAUAAAUGGCGUAUAUUACAUAGACCAAUCGAUGUUAAUGCAGAUUUUGCUACUGAUAUUGUAAAAUGCUGCUGUGUACUUCAUAAUUUUGUACGUGAACGUGAUGGUUUCGAGUUUGAAGACACCUUAACCAUUCAAGGCUUGGAAGCAAAUUUGAAUCAAGACGACAACAACAGGGGUGUAAAUAGAUCUGUAAAUAUGUAUAGAGAAAAACUUAGUACAUAUUUUGUUAGUAACCGUGGUCAACUUCCAUGGCAAAAUGACAAAAUAUAGCGAUUAGGGUAUGUACUGUAAUAAACAUUCAAAAAUAAUUAC